AUGAAUUUAACAACAAAGAAUAUUGUUUGCGUAUCGAUGUUUUCAUCGAUAAACGCUUUGUAUAUAUUACUUUAUAUUUUUAAUCAAACAUUUUUACAAGUAUUGUGUACUUUAAGUAUAAUGAUAUUAUUAUUAAGUGGAUUGCUUGUAUUUUUACAAGUACAUAAGAUAUCAGAAUAUAAGGAGAAUGAUAAAUUAGAAAUUGUAUCUAAAGAAAUGAUAGAAAGUUUUGUUACGUAUUUAUAUGAUAUGAUAAAUGACAAUUUAACAUUAGUACGCAAAUAUUUAUUAUGGACUAAUACUAUGGAUAAUGUUACCUUGAUUAUUGUAAUAUAUUGUGUUGGAAAUUUUUUCUCUUUUGUUAAUUUUAGUGUUCUUUUUUAUAUAUUGACAUGGGCUGUAUUUCUUUAUAAUUAUAUUAAUGAUGUCUAUAUAACCAAAGCAUACAAAAUUAUUCAACCAUAUUAUGCGGAUUUAAAAGCACAUGGAAAAUAUUUAUUUGACAACAUACCAAAAUUGAAACAUAUCAAGAAAACACUCUAA